AGAGAAAUAAAUGCAGAAAGAAACACACACAUACAUUAACGCUGAAUAAGGUGCAGUUACAACGUUGUGCAAAAUACGUCUCGUGCUGAUGAUUUAGCGUCAUUCAGAAAUCCCAAGUCUCCCAGGAGGGUGAAAACAGGAGUGAACCCUCUUUAGCUGCACGUGCUAAAGUCUACUUGUGCAGCUACGUCUUCGUGGAUGUGGUGGACCCAUUAAGAAACAUAUUGACUGCAGCUGCUCUACAUUGCUCUACAUUAGUCGGUGUUUACGCACAGUAAUCCGUGAAUUGCACACAUUUCCCGUGGUGCAACGCAAGAGAAUUUACUUUAACGCAGGUGUGCGUUGAAUAUUGCGUAUGACGGGUUGUUCUUCAGCUUUUGGUUCAUCUCCAGUCUGCUCCGUGCUUGAUGUUUCAGUCCUGCCUUCUGGGCAGCAGCAGCCGGGGCAACAUGACCAUGUCCUCCCGGGGCAGCAGGCUGGUGGCGUGUCUCCUCAACGUGUCCGAGGCUCGCAGGAAGGACGUGGUGGAGACGGUGGCCAGGUCGGCCCUCUACAACGCUGAAGGUGUCAGACGCGAGGGGACCGCGGUGCUGAACAUCUUCAACGACCAUGACUACAACCGCUCCGUCAUCACCAUCGUGGCCGGCAUCGACUCCAUCAGACGCGUCCUGUCUGCGUGCGAGCGAGCCUGCGGGCUGAUCGACAUGCCGCCCACACCGGGGCACCCGUGCAUGGGUGCUGUGGACCUGGUCCCCAUCUACCCCCUAGGGGGGACUGGGAGGAGGACGUGUGCUACAGCCGCUCGGGCUGUGGCUGAGGGGCUCACAGAGCGGGUCCCGGGCACCAGUGCCUUCCUGUUUGGCUGGGCGGACGCCCCCCGUCAUCGGGGCCUGGCCCAGAGGAGGAGGGAGAUGGGCUGGUUCAGGAAGACGCGGGACACGCGGGACAUCAGGCCCGACAUGGGGCCGCAACCACGGCAACGGUUCGGCCUCACAGGCGUCGGGGCCGGUCCGUACGUCACGAACUGCAACGUCACCAUCGAUACCCGUGACGUGGCCGUGGGACGCGGCAUCGCCGCGGCCAUCCGGGAGUCGGCCCCGGGGGGGCUGCCGGGGGUGCAGGUGCUGGCCUUGCCACAUGAGGGCGCUGUGGAGAUCGCCUGUAAUGUGGAGAGCGUGAAGGGGAGCCCGACGGGGGACACGGACGCAGGUGACCCGUGGCCUUGUUUCAGCAUCGGCGGCCAGCUGUACCGCCAUGCGCCAGCGUCCCUGAUCACAGCGAGGGUGGCCCAGCUGGCGGGGGGGCAGGGGGUCGCCGUCACGGGCACGGCGCUGGUGGGGUUCACCCCCCAGGAGUGCAGGGGCCUGGCAGAGCUAGCGCUGUCCCGAGGGAUCGCCGAGUUCUGGAAGGAGCAGCGCAGGGUCCGCAUGUGAAAAUGAGUCUUUGCCAAAACCAGUGAAACCUCGUUAGGGACGGGC